AUGGCGACAGACACCAACCGGACUCGUCAGAUCCUAGAUGACGCAGAAAAGGGCCAAUAUGGAGUGUUGGCAGCGAUUGUAUAUAACAUCGAGCACAUCACAGCCAUGGUGAAGGCGGCCGAGCAACGCCGGUCGCCUUUGAUUAUUCAACUCUUCCCAUCCUCAUUACUGCAAACACCAUCGCUGGUCUUCGCUGCAGCGGCCACCGCAAAGAAUGCCACUGUCCCCAUCUCUGUGCACCUUGAUCACGCACAAGACUAUGAACAAAUUAAAUAUGUCGCCGACAAUCUGCCUUUCGAUUCAAUCAUGGUAGACAUGAGUCAUUAUGAGAAAGAGGAUAAUUUGCAAAAGACCCGCGUGCUACGCGAUUACUGCCAUGCACGUGGUAUAUCAGUCGAAGCAGAGACAGGACGCAUCGAAGGUGGGGAAGAUGGUAUCAUGGACACAGGAGAUUUACAGGGAAUAUUGACCAACCCAGAGGACGUGGAGGAAUUCAUCACAGCUGGCGUUGAUUUCCUUGCCCCUGGAGUUGGUAAUGUGCAUGGAGAUUACCCCCUGGAAGGUCCUAAGCUGGACAUGGACCGACUUCACAAAAUCUUCCACUCAAUGAACGGUCGUGUUCGACUGGUCCUGCAUGGUACCAAUGACUUUUCACCCGAGUUAACGAAAGAAUGCAUCAAAGCGGGGGUGUCCAAAGUUAACGUUAAUAAGCUCGUGCUGGAUCCCUGGUAUGAAAAUCUACAUAAAAAUGCCACUUACCCUUUAACAGAGUUGAUGGAGUCGGGAAUUCGGGUACUGAACGAGGAGAUGCAGCGUUGGAUGGACAUCGUUGGGAGUAGUGGAAAAGCAUAA